GUCUAGAAUCUUAAUACAUCAGCUACAUUUCUGCUUUGCGACCGUAGACCUUAAACUGUUUGCUUUCACUCCGCUUGUUUAAUUAAAGGCAUGUGUUAGUUAUGCAAACAUAGAAAUAUUAUAUACCCACGAUAUAUAAUUGACACAUUUGACAAAUUAGCAUAUGAAGUACUUCCGGGGUGACCGUGCCACCGAGAGAUCUUGUCCCUGCCGGUCUGUCACCGAACCCCGCUCUCAUGUCCGCUGCGGUGGUAGUAGCCGCUGUUGUCGGCGGUGGGGUACUGCUCCUCAUGCGUCGUUUGUUCCCCCGGCAGAAAGCUAUGAAGUUGCUCCGGUAUCCGGCCGACACUAUGCGAGGAAAGACUGUCAUCGUGACCGGGGCUAACUGCGGGAUAGGGAAGGCCCUGGCCGGGGAGCUGCUGAAGCUCCAUGCCCGGGUCAUCAUGGCCUGCCGGGACCAGCGGAGCGCCGAGGAGGCAGCUAAGGACAUCAAGAAACAAGCGGGACCAGAGCAGGGGGAGGUGGUAAUCAAACACCUGGACCUCGCUUCUCUUAGAUCAGUUCGACAAUUUUGUGAGGAAAUUAAAAAGGAGGAAUCCAGGAUUGACGUGCUCAUCAACAAUGCAGGACUCUACCAGUGUCCCUACACUAAGACAGAGGAUGGUUUUGAGAUGCAGCUCGGUGUGAAUCACCUGGGUCACUUCCUCCUCACUCACCUCCUGCUGGACCUCCUGAAGACUUCGGCUCCCAGUCGCAUCGUCAUUGUUUCCUCGAAGCUUUACAAGUACGGCCACAUCAAUUUUGACGACCUGAAUAGUGAAAAUAAUUACGAUAAGGCCUUCUGCUACAGUCAGAGCAAGUUGGCCAACCUACUGUUUACACUCGAACUGGCUCGUCAGCUGGAGGGCACAGGCGUCACAAUCAACGCUCUCACCCCGGGCAUCGUGAGGACCAGACUGGGCAGGCAUGUUCAAAUCCCUCUCCUGGCAAAGCCACUGUUCUACCUCGCUUCACUACUCUUUUUCAAGAGUCCAUUGGAGGGGGCCCAGACUCCUCUCUAUCUGGCCUGCUCCCCUGAGGUGGAGGGAGUGUCGGGGAAGUGUUUUGCUAAUUGUGAGGAGGAAGAGCUGAUGGCAAAAGCUACAGAUGACCAGGCAGCCAAGAAACUGUGGGACAUAAGCAGGAGGAUGGUCGGACUCGCUAACUGAGCAGAGUCUCGUACUGUGGACGGUACUUCUCGGACAAACUACUUAAUCUCUAGCAGCCCCACAGACAUUGCUGUGCAGGAGAUGGCUUGUGAAAAGACUGAUUGCCAUUUUGGGGCUACAAUCAAUAAUUGAAUGAUAUAUUGUGCCAAUGAAGUUUGUAAAUUUGAGUACCGAGUGUGUAUUUUGCAGUCCGUUAACCAGGGAAUGUUUAAGUUUUACAUUCAAAAAUGUAAAAGUUAUGGUUUAAACGAAGAUGCAUCGCUGUUUGAAAUGAUUUCUCCUUUCAUCUACGUGCUCCGCAAUAACUUCCCCUGUCUGAAGUCUUCAUAAUGUACAUGUCUAUGUGUAAAAAGCCAAUAAAAAUAACCUGGUUACCCGUA